UUUUAUUAUUAUUUUUUUUUUUUAUUUGGUCUACCCGUCUCUACCGCCCUCCCCCGUAGAGACCGGUCUCCCCGGGCGGCCAACCCCCCGGACCCGCGGGGCUGCCAUGGAUCGCACCGGCGGCUCCGGCGGGGGCAGCGACCGCCGGCAGACGGAGGAGAGCAAGCCGCUGCUGGGCGGCGAGAUGUCCGCUCCCGAGGGGAAUAAAAUGGGUGCCGCGCCGUGCCGGAGAGCCCUGCUCCACUGCAACGGCAUGAGGUACAAGCUGCUGCAGGAGGGGGACAUCCAGGUGUGUGUCAUCCGGCACCCCCGGACGUUUCUCAGCAAGAUCCUCACCUCCAAGUUCCUGCGGCGCUGGGAGCCCCACCACUUGACCCUGGCGGACAACAGCCUCGCCUCGGCCACGCCAACUGGGUACAUGGAAAACUCCAUUUCCUACAGUGCUAUUGAAGAUGUUCAACUGCUCUCCUGGGAGAAUGCCCCCAAGUACUGUUUACAGCUCACAAUCCCAGGGGGUACUGUCUUACUGCAGGCUGCAAACAGUUACCUGAGGGAUCAGUGGUUCCAUUCUUUGCAGUGGAAGAAAAAGAUUUACAAGUACAAGAAGGUGCUCAGUAACCCCAGCCGCUGGGAGGUGGUGUUGAAGGAGAUCAGGACGCUGGUGGACAUGGCGCUGACGUCUCCGCUUCAGGAUGACUCUAUUCACCAAGCACCACUGGAGAUUGUCUCAAAACUGCUCUCAGAGAACAACAACUUAACCACUCAAGACCACGAGAGCAUUAUUGUGGCAAUUGCACCUUUGCUGGAAAACAACCAUCCUCCUCCUGACCUCUGUGAAUUCUUCUGCAAGCACUGCCGAGAGCGCCCACGGUCCAUGGUUGUGAUAGAAGUGUUCACACCGGUGGUACAGAGGAUUCUCAAACACAACAUGGAUUUUGGGAAGUGCCCUCGGUUGCGGCUGUUUACUCAGGAGUAUAUUCUGGCUUUGAAUGAGCUGAAUGCCGGAAUGGAGGUGGUGAAGAAGUUUAUUCAUAGCAUGCAUGGUCCAACUGGACAAUGCCCCCAUCCCAGGGUCCUGCCAAAUCUUGUAGCUGUCUGCUUAGCAGCCAUUUAUUCGUGUUACGAGGAAUUUAUCAACAGUCGAGACAAUUCACCAAGCCUGAAGGAAAUUCGGAAUGGUUGCCAACAGCAGUGUGACCGAAAGCCUAAUCUCCCCCUCCGCCUUCUUCACACAAGUCCUGACCUGGUCUCUCAAGAGGCCACCUUGACUGAAUCCCGUCACAAGCCAGUUAUUGUCACUUCUAAUGAGAUCCACGUCGAAGUGGAGCGCAACAACACAGCUAAUCAGAAGAUGACAGCCAACGUGGGCAAUGGCAGCGAGCCCAACCUGAUUGACUGCUUGAUGGUCAGUCCUACCUGCAGCACCAUGAGCAUUGAGCUGAGCGCCCAGGCAGACAGGAUCCUUGGCUGUUAUGUUGAAAUACUCAAGAUGCUGUCAGACUAUGAUGACUGGAGACCAGCACUGGCCAGCUUGCUUCAGCCUAUCCCAUUUCCCAAGGAGGCUCUUGCACAUGAGAAAUUCACAAAGGAGCUGAAAUACGUGAUUCAGAGAUUUGCAGAAGACCCGAGGCAAGAAGUCCACUCAUGUUUGCUGAGUGUGCGGGCUGGCAAAGACGGCUGGUUCCAGCUCUACAGCCCUGGAGGAGUGGCAUGUGAUGACGAUGGAGAGCUGUUUGCCAGUAUGGUUCAUAUUUUAAUGGGAUCCUGCUAUAAAACAAAGAAGUUCCUGCUUUCGCUGGCUGAAAAUAAAUUAGGACCUUGCAUGCUACUGGCUUUGAGGGGUAACCAGACGAUGGUAGAGAUUUUGUGUUUGAUGCUGGAAUACAACAUCAUCGACAACAACGACACCCAGCUCCAGAUCAUCUCUACCCUGGAAAGCACGGACGUGGGAAAGAGAAUGUAUGAACAGCUGUGUGACAGGCAGAGGGAGUUAAAAGAGCUGCAAAGAAAAGGUGGUCCCACAAGGUUAACACUGCCAUCCAAAUCCACAGAUGCGGACCUGGCCCGCUUGCUAAGCUCGGGAUCUUUUGGAAAUUUGGAAAACCUCAGCCUGGCCUUUACCAAUGUGACAAGUGCUUGUGCUGAGCACCUCAUUAAACUGCCUUCACUCAAGCAGCUGAACCUGUGGUCAACUCAGUUCGGAGACGCAGGGCUGCGGCUUCUGUCCGAACACCUCACCAUGCUGCAAGUGCUCAACCUCUGUGAGACGCCCGUCACGGAUGCUGGGCUGCUGGCACUUAGUUCCAUGAAGAGCCUGUGUAGUUUAAAUAUGAACAGCACCAAACUUUCAGCAGAUACCUACGAAGAUCUCAAGGCUAAACUGCCCAAUCUGAAAGAAGUGGACGUCCGCUACACCGAAGCGUGGUGAACUCUCCCUACCGCCGACUCUUCUCUUUUGCUUCUCACCAGAAGAAGGAAAAGAUUUUUAAAACAAACAGAGAAAAAAAAAAAAAAAACAAAAAACCAAACCCAAACCGGAAAAUAACUUUUGGCUAAUACCUGUAGAGCAUUGAGUCCUGGGACUUGGUGGUAGGAGUCGUGGUCGUGGGGUAGAGGAGUGGCGUUGUGUGUGUCGGGGGGGGACGGGGCAAGCCUGGACCCGGCCGGAUUCUUUCAGCUUUGUGAUUUCAGAAUCAACAUAAUUUAAAUUGAAAAGGAUAAAAAAAAAAAAAAAAAAAGACAAAAAAAAAAAAGAAGACUUUGUAGCAGCAAGAGGAUUAUAAAGAGGAAAAAAAAAAACCAACCUUGGUGGAUUUUAUUUGCCUUUGUGUUUUAUGCUGUGUGGAGAAAAAAAAAAAAAUAUUCAUCAUUAUUUACCUGGGUUUCCUUGGCUGGCAGCCGUCCAGUCAGAACUCCUCUUUCAUCAGUUUUGCUCCAGAAAAUCAAACUUUCAAAAAUCUCAAGAGAAGAAAACCAAAACCAAUAUGAUUUUCACCUCCCCCCCACCCCCGUGUUCUUGCAGUUGUUAUGCAAAGUAAUUUUGUUGUACAUAAGAUUUACAUAAUGCACCUAUUUAAGAAAAUGGUUCACAAAUAACAGGUCUGGGACCUGUCUUUUAUUUAUGAAUUGUUAAUUCUUUUACCCUUUCUUUGCGUAUAGUACUGUAUAAACUAGUUCGCUGUCUUGUUAUUAUUAUUUUUUUUUUAAAGGAAACGUCCUCCUUGAAGAAUUGCCUUUUAGUAAUGCAUACUGUAUUAUACUCCCUCUCUGCCACAACGUUCAUCGCCGUUGUCUUUUUGAUUUCAAAAUGCCUCAAACAUUAUCAAAUAGGAAGGAAAAAUAUCUAUCAAAGGGGGGGAAGGUUGUUGGGGGAGGGGCUGCAGGGAUUAAUAAAAAUCACAUUUCCUUCCAAAGUCUGAAAACUUUCUUUAGUCUUUUAAACCGUGUCAGGUUUAAAGAGGGGAGAUGGGGAAAAGACAUCAGUUCUUUUGCCGAUGGGGUGUUCGCAAAACUCUGUGGAUUUUACAAGUUGCCUCAGUUGUUUUCUGUUUACGUCCGAUAUUUCAAAAAGAGGAAAAAAAAGCUCUCCCUCCAUUUUGUGCAUCAGCUUUUUCUCUUUUUCCUUUUUUUUUUUUUUUUCUCCCCCCUCCUCCGCCCUCCCUGCCCCCCCUCCCUCCCCCUUACCUGUUCUGUGCACGCAUUGUUCUGCAUGUUCCUCUGGGGAGACGGAAAAAAUAGCGUUGUUGCUGAUCCGAUAGCUCUGACCUGUCUGUAAAUGUGACUGCUACCUUUUUUCAAAUUCCACAAUUGCUUAGAAGAUGAUUUUUUUAAAAAUUGUGGUUUCUUUUAUAACUAUGCUGUUGACUUUUUUUUUUUCAUAAUGAGCCUUCAUUGUACAGAGCUGCUUAUUUAAAAAAAACAAACAAAAAAAAAAAACAAAAAGAAGUUUUUCCUCUGUUUAACACCUUUAUUUUAUUCUUCAGCACCUCAAGGUUUCACAUACAGCCAAUGUAAUUUUUUAUAUAUAAAUAUAUAUAUAUUUAAUCUUAUUCAAUGGAAGCCAAGCUUUUGUUUUUGGUUUUUUUUUGGGUUUUGUUUUUUUUAAACUUUGUUGCUACGUAGACGACCCUUACCCCAAUCAUGUUCUUUUUUUUUUUUUCUUUUUUUUUUUUUUUUUUUUAAAUAAAUGAAACAGAAAUUGAGUCUUAACUUAUGUAGUGUGCCAGGUUUCUUUUCCCCCUUCAAAUCCCAAACUGUAUGCGGAUGCAGUAUGGGAAGAAAGAAGAGGAAAAAAAAAAAAAAAGAAGAAAAAUUACGCCAACAUUUUCCUUAGCACUGUUGCUUUUACCAAUGGUUUACUACUACUGUUCUGUAGCUGUGUACAAAGAGAUGUGAAAUAAUUUCAGGCGAAAAUAAACUGU